GCGAAACUGUCAAAUGUCACGUUGAAUUUGCAGAAAGAUGGGUAACCCUUGAAUAACCUAUAUAACAAAAUGCUUACCAAAUAUUAGACAUGAGACAAUGAAGUUACCUUUUAAUGGCAUAUUAACGCCCAUACUCAAGCCCAACUUGAAAUGUUUCAAUGAAUUUUGUCAAUAUCCCACUUUUUGUAUAAGCUUACCUUAUACAUACUUUUACGGAACAGUUGGUGUUUUUAUCAAUGCCUGCCAUUUGAGAAGGCAUUUCGGAAAAAAUCAAGAAGUUGGACAAGAUUCGAAUGUUCAAACGAACACUCUUGUAGUUCAUGAUCUCAAAAUUAUUGCUGCAUCAAUGGGAAUAGUGCAACAUACUUGUCUUUUGGUCGGAUGCUUUACAGAGAACCCGGCCUUGUUUCUGCCGCAUAUGUUUGCUCAUCUUUUAAUGGUUGUAGCCAAAACGUUAAAUGCUUUGAUUAUUAUAACCAGAAUGAAUUUAAAAUCAGUAAUACAAUUAAGAACAUUAUCAACAGCCAUUGCUUUUAUGAUGUUCAACUGGUGCCAAGAAUUUUGUGUUUUUAUACAAUACCUAUGUUUUUGUGAUCUCUAAUGUAUUAAUGUCUACUUUUGCCUGUAUGACUUCAUUUAAAAGGGGACUUGGUAUAUUCAAGCCUUUAAAUCAGGCGUCGACAAAAGUCCUAUUGUCAUAAGUCGAAACUAAGAACAUCAAAGGUAAAGAAUGUACGCUUGCUCCUAAAAGACUUUCCUGAUAAUUGCUUCUAGAAAUGUAAUUGAGUUUAUUUAGUAAAUUUUGAUAUCAAGUACUAUUUAAGUCUUUCAUAUUCUGUAUUGACAAAUAAAUAUGUUAAACAGAUAAUUUUUAUUUCUUCAUUAGCCAAUUUAAAAUAACUAGUAUAAAAGAAUCA